CAGUCAGUCACAAGGCAGUGACAAGUGCAGCUCGCUGAGGACGAAUAAAAAUAAACCAGGAUAAAUUCAACAGGAAAACGAAGAUGAAUGCACCGCAAUUGACAUUAAAGGUUGUUGUGAUUGUCCAUUUUAUCCUUACAACAUGGGCCACAAUGGCUGAAGACUACCUCCCUGAUUCCUAUUACUAUAUGAAUAUGGUAAUGGGAGUUGUUGGGAGCAUGGCAAUAAUAUUUUAUAAGUCUAUAGAAGCCAUACAUUUGUACUUUGUCAUGAACACGUUGAGUAUUCUUAUGGAUAUCAUAUUCUUAGGAAUAUUUCAACCAGCCGCUGAUAGCUUGUAUGAAACACCUUUGUAUAAGGAUUGGACAAUGAAGAACACAUACAGGUUUUCCCUGGGUAUGACCAUUCUGAACCUGUUAAUUAAGCCUUUCACCUGCUUCAUGCUGUACAGGGUGUACCAGGAGAGGGGGGGCAGCAUGGGGGACCUGAACAUCCCCGGCCUGGAUGCUGCCAACUUCCCAGGAUUUGGAGGCCAAAAGGGACCAUACGAGAACAUUGACCAACCAGUGCCAAGUAAUAAUGUAGAAACGGCCUCUCCUCAUCACUCAAUAGAAAAGCCACAAGACCCACCAGGCUAUUAAGUAGCUGCGAGUACCAACAUUGAACGCAUUUCGUUUAAUAGUUUGUAGUAAGAUGAAACAUAAGGGAAGAUGGUAACCAAAGUGUAAUGUUCUUUAAAGUUUGUAACAUACAACUUUUGAGCACCAAGGUAGUCUUGAGACUGUUGAAGAGGUUGAGAACUUUGACGAGGUUACAAAAAUAAAAACUUUAAGAAAGAAACUGAAAGAGACAACAUCAUGGUAAGGAUUAAGGAGGCAGUAAACACGUUUUGAUCGUUUCCGGACAAAGGGGAGGAGGAUGGUAACUAUAUAUCUCUGUGAGCUGUUUUUAUAUCACUGAAUAUUUACUGAAAAUUAGUUAUCUAAAGAAGAUAUUUGGAAUUAGCAUUCUGCUUUGUUUUUUGAAAGACAAAUGGUCCUUAUAUAUGACUGCAGUCUUAAUAUAUUCAUCUGUUUGUCUCUUUGAUAUGUAAAGACUAUUAUUUUAUUAUUACAAUAUUUUAUGUAGAAAAAAAAAUAUGUACAUGUACUAUACAUUUCUUAACUCAUAUACUGUAUGGGACUGGACUGGUUUAAUAAUCAAUUCUUGAGCUAACAGGUAUUUAGUUGACAAAGCAUUUUACGUAAUUUCCAUUCUUCCAGAAAAUGGGCAUUGCUUUAAAAAAAUAUUCUUUUGUAUUAUUUCAUUUUCAAACCAACUUUCAGGCAGGUGAAAUUUCUUUAAUUUUUUAAUUAACAAGAAAACUGUUGGCCAAGAUUUAUUAAAAUUAUCGUAAUUCUGGAUAGAUAGCCAAAUUACUUGAUGAUAUUGAAUUUCAUGAUAUUUGCUCAGACUCUCUUAUGAUAUCAGAUACCUGCUAUUAUUCAUGUUCUGUAAACGCUGCUUAAUUUUACUUACUACUACUAGGUACAAAAUAUGACUUAAUAUGUGACUAACAAAAAUUUUGUGUAGGUUUUCAUGGUUUUCAGGGGUCAGAAGCUACAUUCAAGCUUGCACAGCUGCUAUUUUGCCACCGAAUUCUCCUAAAAUGUUCAUCAGACAUCUUUAUACAGGGAUGAGAUUUUUCUGACCAUUAGCAGAUUUCCGCCUUUUUUGAAGUCAAAAUACCAUUGGCCUAGGUGGCCCCUGGACCCCAUGUCAUUUUUAUUAUAAUGAUCAUUAUUUUUGUUUAUUUUAUUUAUUUAUUUAUUUAUUUAUUAUUAUUAUUAUUAUUAUUAUUAUUUUGAAAAUGGUCCCAUUGUAAACAAGUAUUUUCUAGCAGCAUUCCAUUAUAAUAAAUUGUGCAAUCAUUUGUCACAUCUAACACAAUUGUGGAGCAGACGACAGCUACUCUGUAAAUUUGAACAACGUUAAGUAUCUAUUUUUCUAAAACAAAACAUGCCUUUUUGGUAAUAACAAAUGAAGAUUUUUGGUGAAAGGUGUUUAGAGUGAUUGAUGUACAAAUUACAGACCAAGUUAUUGUAAGCUUCACUUGCUUAAAUUUUGCAAGGCCUAGUCAAAUUCAAAUUAAAAUUUUUCUUUUGUUGUAAAAAAUCGUUCACUUUCCCACUGAUUCAAUUAAAAAAUGUUGAUAUUAUCAUACAAGAGAUAACUUUUUCAUGCAUGAUUUGCUCAUAAUGUUUUUAUAAUAUAUACUUACAAAUUGGUCAUUUUGCAAAAGGCAAUGUAGAAUUAUAUUCUCUACAUUUCAGCAAAGGUUUCAGUGUUCUUGGUAAAGGGUGUAUUAUAUGUUAUUAUUUAUUGAUAACAAGCUUUGUAUUGUAAACAUGUCAGACAUUGUUAUUAUCUUGAAGAUAGAGGGCAGUAUUCAACAAGAAUAAAACCAUACAAAUGACUGAU